GUGAAUGCCUUCAGUCACUAACCAGGAAGCAGGUUAAAAAGUGGAAGUAUAUUGUAAAACUGCAAGCACAUAAUCAUUUGCUGAAGGAGGCAUGUUUCCACUUUGUUUUUAGCAGUUACAAACUGGUGUUUUCAGGAAGAUGACACCGUGCCAGAUGUUGACACUUUUCAGCUUCUUCUGCGCAUUAUUUGCUGUUGAAGAAGCAAGUGUCACUCUUUUGGCUCCUGCUGUUACAACCUUACAAAAUGGUAGUUCACAUAAUAUAACUAUCCAGCCAAGUGUACCAGUCAGUGUGACAACAGUGAUCACAUUAAAUGUCACCUUUUCUUCAAAGACCACCAGCAUUGUGAUACUGCCUGCUCAGGUGACACUGCUACCCAAAGCAGUUUCUGUUGACUUUGAAGUUUUGGCUGUAGAUAUUGGUCAAGUCACUACAUAUCUUGACUGCAAUAACACCAAUGUGUCCAGCCCUAGUGCCAGGCUUCGAUUUAUGGUGGUGCACAGUUCAGUCCUUUCUAUUAUUAAUCAAGUAAUUGGCUGGAUUUACUUUGUGGCCUGGUCAGUUUCAUUCUACCCUCAAGUGUAUGAAAACUGGAAAAGAAAAAGUGUGGUUGGCUUGAAUUUGGACUAUGUGGCCUUAAACCUUACUGGCUUUAUUGCUUACAGUGUCUUUAAUGUUGGUCUUUUCUGGGUUGACUAUAUUAAGGAGGAAUUUCUGAAAAAGUAUCCCAAUGGUGUGAAUCCUGUGGCAGCCAAUGACGUUUUCUUCAGCCUUCAUGCAGUUACCUUGGUUUUGGUUAUCGUCCUUCAAGCGAGUAUCUAUGAGAGAGAUAAUCAGAAGGUGUCCAAGAUAGCCAUUGGACUGCUGGUGAUUGCAUGGGCCUUUGCCUUCUUCUCCAUGUUUGUGGCCAUUGCUGGGACCAUCACAUGGUUGGAUUACCUGUAUUACUUCUCCUACAUUAAACUGGGGGUCACGCUGGUAAAGUACAUUCCUCAGGCCUACAUGAACUAUAGAAGAAAAAGUACGAUGGGCUGGAGCAUCGGCAACGUCCUGCUGGAUUUCACGGGGGGCCUAUUCAGCCUUUUGCAGAUGUUUCUACAGUCUUAUAACAAUGAUGAGUGGACGCUGAUUUUUGGAGACCCAACAAAGUUUGGCUUAGGUGUCUUCAGCAUUAUUUUUGACGUCGUCUUUAUUGUUCAGCACUACUGCCUCUAUAAGGAGGCGCACUUAGAAUACCGAAAUAUUUAAUAGUCGACGGGAGAGCACAGAGUUCAAAGUAAGCUCUCACUGAAGAUCUAGUCAGCUGUACUACAAUGGCGUAUUGUCAUCCUCUCUGUGCCUUCAGCUAAGUUAAACAAGCAGGUAUUCUUUGGUUUGUUAAUGUACUGUGCAUCUAACAGAUGAUUUAUACAGCAGAGCUGCCACAUUUUGUAAUGCCUCUAUUUAGUAAUGACAACUAUUUUUGUAAAUUACUUGUACAGUCCCUUGUUUAAAAUAUUGUCCUCUUGCUGACUUUUUUAAAGUUAAUAUAAGUAAGUUAAAAAAUGAAGUAAAUACAAUGCAUAUGAAACAACAGAAAUACAGAACUUAAAAGUACAUUGUUGUUCGCUAGCACACAAUCAUAAAGGUUUUGCCUCUAUGAGGCUUAAACAGGAUUAUAAAAUGCAAUUGGAGGUCAGGCGUUUCCAUACACUUCUUAAAGCUCACCUUAUAACCCUCCAAAGAUUUUAUACUAAUAAACUAUGGCACAAUUCUGGAGGUCUGCUUGGGGUCCUCGUCCAUUUGGAAUUCUCAUUUGUCACUGAGCUGCAACUUCCUUGCCGAGCUCUUGAGAUCUUGCUGCAGUAUAUCUCCCAUCAUUUUCCUUCCUCAUGAUGCCCUCUAUUAUAUGAAGUGCUCCCAUCCCUCCUGCAGCAAAGCACCCCCACAACACGAUGCUCCCAUCCCCAUGCUUGACAAUUGAGAUGGUGUUCUUCAGUUUGUAAACCUCACCCUUUUUCCUUCAAACAUAACCAUAAUCAUUAUGGCCAAACAGUUAGAUCUUGGAUUCAUCAGACCAGAAGACAUUUCUCCAGAAGGUAAGAUCUUUGGCCCCAUGUGCCAUUGCAAUCUGCAUCUGUUUUUUUUUUUUAUGGAUGCUUUGGAGCAGUGGCUUCCUCCUUGCUGAGCAGCCUUUCAGGUUAUGUCGAUAUCAGACUCAUUUUACUGUGGAUAUCGAGACUUGUCUACCUGUGUCCUCCAGCAUCUUCACAGGGUCCUUUGCUGUUGUUCUGGUAUUGAUUUGCACUUUUUGAGCCAAAGUCCGUUCUUGUCUAGGAGACAGAGUGUGUCACCUUCCUGAGUGCUAUGAUACCUGUGUGGUCCCAUUGUGUUUAUACUUUUAUAUUACGGUGGGAUGCAAAAGUUUGGGCAACCUUGUUAAUAGU